AUGGGCGACAUUGCUUAUCUAGUGAGUGCCCUUAAAUCAAGUACAUCUGCUGGUCAUUUGUCUGAUUCAGAUCCUGAGUUCAGAUCGAAACUAAUAAACAACAUUGUGUACCAUGUGCCUAGAGUUCAAUGUGUGCAAGAUUUAUACUGUUUGGCGAAUGCUAUAUUGAAUUCAAGAAUUUGGGGAAAUGGAGAUGCUGCAUUGAAGUUAUAUGAUAUGUCAAGGAGUUUCAUGCAUUGGAAAUUGCAAAUGUCUGAACCUACCAUAUCUAUCUCGACGUUUUAUGAGACGUGGGAUACUUGUAUUAAGAGAUGUCCCAGUUGGAAUAUCAAUAAAUUAGGUAUUCUGUCUGGUAUUCUAAGCACGAAGAAUGAGUUCUUGCAAUUGAACCAGAACUACUUUAUUGACGAUAGAGGAAUUGUCUCUAAUUACUACAAACAUUGGAGAAAGACUUAUUUUAUUUACGGUUGGAAUGCCAGCCUGGUAAGAUACUACUCUGAUCCAGAAGGGGAAAUGAAAUUAAUAUUGCUUUAUGUUCCAAUUAAUGUUUCAAAUGAUAAUAUUCCUUGGCCUGUGGUGAUGAGAUCAUUGAUGAAUUUAAUGACAAUGUACACCCGCCAAGAGAAACAUGUUCUUUUCAAUGAGAAUGAUUUCCUUAAUCGUAACAUCAACAAUGUGGCCAAGACGUUACAGUUAGCUACUUUGCAUUGUGAAGAUGGGCUAUUGGCUAAAAUUUUGAAUACCUUUUGUGGGAAUCUGUAUGAUCUAUCUGUUAAUGAACAGAAUAGAAACACAAAUAGAGAAGUGUUUAAGGAUGUGUACUACACAAAUAUAUUAAUAACGGCUGUGAUGUUCUUUAAAUCCAUUCUCGAUGCAAAACAAGACAAUAUUCCAAACGGCUGGCGCCAUCAGAUAAUCAUCUGUUUAUUUUAUACUCAUUUCAUUGCUCGUGAGUUCACGACUGAAGGUUUCAGAUCCUACGAAUUUGUUUAUAAUGUCGCCAUUACUGGCCUGACUGAUGCUAGUUGCCAAGAACCACAACUUUAUCUAGACCUCGUAGGAAUGAUGACUUCAAGCAUCUGGAACGUAUCCGGCAAUACUGUGCAGGAUGCCAAACUAUUGUUUUUACUUGAGUUCAUCGAAUAUACGAUCCCUCAAUAUCCAAACAUGACUGACACCUUGAUGUUAGAUGUAAUGAAACAACUGAUAUACAGAAACAUACACAAUAGAGACACUGAACUGAAGGAGGCAACAAACACAAUGGCAAUGGCUGCUAUAAGCAACGGUUCUCCACAGGUACUACAAUGGAAACAGAGCUUCAUCCCCAAAUAUCUGAGACUCACCUCACAGGAGUAUUUGCAAGAAGGACUAUCGAUCAGACAGUUCUUAAUAAUCAAUAAAAGAAUUGCAGAAACAAUAGAAAGCAUGGAUAUACAUGGCAUAAUUCAAUCGAAGGUAUCAAGUGAUACAUUAAACUAUCUAUUAACGACAUCGUCGGACAAGAGCUUGAGCCCAGAACAGCGUUGUACAAUGGCCCAAUGUCUAAUCAUACAUGCAAUACACGCUUCUAAAACAGAGCAACUUCACUGGCUAACCAAAUGCUAUUCCUUGGUCACUGUACAAACCAGAGGUACCCUUCUACCAGUACUAUGGGAAACAGUCCUUCAUUUGAAUUCGGACGCAGCCCUCCACUGGUGGUACCAAACAGUAGUAACCUCAAGCAAAUUCUGA